GCUUGGACCGUUAGGACUCUGUGGCCCCGGGUCGAGCCGUCACCGGUGGGACAGUUUUCCGCCGUGGCCGCGGCCACGCCUCGGCCGCGCCACGUGGCGCGGGGGCUGUGGCACCAUGGAGUUCCGGGAGCUCAUUGGCAAGCUGACCGAAGCACAUGAUCGAGAAGUGUGGAGUGCUGGGGCAAAGCUGAAAGAGGAGAAUUGCAGGCUCGAGAGGAGGGUGGAGGACUUGGAAAAACAGGUGGAAUCUCUCGGUGGAGAUUUGCUUGUAGAGUCCACCUCUCCGAACGCCUCGUCCUCGCGGCCGGCGCCCCUCACCCUUCCCGGCGUGGCCUCAAAGUGGGGCACAUCAGACAGCGGCGAGGACGCUGGGCUGAUUUAUGUGAAGCCAGCAGGGUCAGGAGGCAGUGAGCGUCACUCUCAGAAGCAAGGCUCGACCAGUCAAGACAGUGGCAAAGAGCUGGUGAGUGCGCUGAAGAAGCCCAACCGCAACUCUCGAAGCUCGCGGCAUUCACAGACCUCCUUGGCCUCCGCCUCCACACCUGAGAGACCCGGAAGGUCGAGCCUGCGGGUGAGCGUGCCGGAAAUCAACACCUUAGAAGUGCCUCUGCCAGAUGGGCCUAACCCUAGCCCGAGACCCUCCUUCGCGGACAACAGCGGAGGUAGCAGCCAGAGACCGUCCACCAGCUCGAUCACCCCUCCGGGUAAGAUCGUUUCCUUCGGGAAUCUCCUAGGGAUGGGCAGUUCGAGCAAGCAGAACCAGCGCAGCGUCUUGCCCUGGCCGCCCCCGGGCGGCGUGGCGGGCACCGGGCGGCGCAACAGCGCCAUGCUCGGUGGGCUCCUGCCGCCGAGAUCGCCCGGAGGCCCCGCGGGGCGGCGCAUGAGUGCGGCCCAGGUGGUGACCAUGGCACGCCGAGGCACUACAGUCGGUGUGGGCGGCUUGACUCUGGCUGCGGGGCAGGACAUCAAGCUCCUUGAGGUCUGGAGCAAGAAUCCAACCGCAGAGAUCAUUGCAAGAGUCACGCCUCGGCACAUGGCCGCGAAUGCCAACAAAGAAGGGGAUUCGGACAGCCUGAAGGAGGAGGGUAUUUUGCCGCCGCAAGCCCGCGGAUGCCUGGGGCGUUUCGUCUCCAACCCAAGCUCUCCCAGACGGAUCGCCUAUGAGCUCUUCGGGUUGCUCCUCAUCGUGUAUGACAUGAUCUGGCUGCCGAUGCAAGUGUUUGAGCCCCCCGAAGCGGAUUUCUUCUUCGUGAUGGGUUUGGUCUCGUCUCUCUACUGGACUUUCGACAUGCCGACGUCCUUCCUCGUUGGAUAUGCAGUUCAGGAUAAAGGAAUCAUUGAGAUGCGCGUGCGAAAGAUUGCUUGGAAUUAUUUACGUAGUUGGUUUGUGCUGGACAUCACCAUCGUGGCCAUCGAUUGGACCCUGAACAUUCUCGAAUGGACCUCAGGGAGUCGAGGUUCGGAUGGCCUCAGCUUCUUCCGCAUCGGGAAGGCGGUGCGAUUCUUGCGACUCUUGCGGCUGCUACGGCUGCUGAAAGCCCACGGACGCCUGAAUGAGCUUUUGGAGCACGUCCAGUCAGAGUUUUCGGUGAUCGUCAUCGGAAUUUUGAAACUGAUUGCCUUCAUUUUGCUGCUCAAUCACCUGGUGGCCUGUGGGUGGUUUUGGAUAGGGACUUGGGGGAUCUCCGAGGCUAAGCUCAAUUGGUUGGAGCAUACCAGCGUCAUCAAUGACAACUUGGCCUACAAGUAUUUUACCUCCCUUCACUGGUCCUUGACCCAAUUCACGCCAGCCUCCAUGGAGGUGACGCCGCGGAAUGAGAUUGAGCGACUCUUCAAUGUGGUGGUGAUCAUGUCGGCCAUGGUGAUUUUCUCCACGUUCAUUUCGGCCAUCACCAAUGCCAUGAACCAGCUACGAAAUCUCAACAGCGAGCGUAACGAGCAAGCCUCACUUCUGCGACGCUACAUGCAGCAGAAUAAUGUCUCUCCUCCAUUGAAAGCACGUGUUCUUCAGAGCAUCAAAGCCUUGAGCCAAACACGUUCACGAGUGCACGAAUCUGAUGUCACUUCCUUGCGGCUCUUACCCUUGAGUCUGCGGCACGACCUGAGUCAGGAAGUCUAUGCACCUCAUUUGGCCGUUCACCCCUUCUUCUAUGUUUGCAACGUUUGCUUCUCCAUGCAGUCCCGGAAGAUCCAGAGCACCUGCCUCGCGGAAAAGUCUCUGAGCACUUCCCAGGAACUGAUCACUUCUGGAGAGAAUGCGACGCACAUGUAUUUUGUCAUCGGGGGAAUCUUAGACUACUUGGCCGACGAGCGCGGUGACAACGAGCCCGCCAUCGCCUUGGAUUCUGGUGCUUGGCUGGUGGAGGCUGCCUUGUGGGUGAAGUGGCAGCACAACGGCACGGCAAACACCAACCAUGGCUGUGAGCUCAUCUCUGUGGACGCAGGUGGCUUGCAAAGCAUACUCAAGGAUGAAAAGCCUGUGAGACAGUAUGCCAACAUGUUUUGGAAGCACUUCUCGGACAACCCGGACACCUUGUCGGACGUAUGGUGCGAGGAAGAAGUGUUGUUCGACUGGGCGACUCGUGCCAUGGGGCAGGCCGAGACCUACUAUGGAGAUGUGAUUCCAGCGGAGCCGGCGACCAACACCAACACGAAGUUUGGUCAGUUCCUGCAAGCGCAACGUCGGGCCAGCAGUGGCUUUGUGGGGCGCCGCUUCUCGGAUGACAGCCUCACAGGCUUGGUGCCCAAUGACUUCCCUGCUGUCCUGGCUGGAGAGGGUGGGCGCUUGGCUUCUCAGCAAGAGGGCUCCGAAGCAAGCAGCAGCAGCAGCGGCUUUUCUACAGACAGCGAUGACUCGAAAAACUCGAAGAAUGAUUGAGGCUGGCGAUUUCUGGUGAACAUCCCGAAGUGGUGGACAUCGUGUCUCUGUAUAUAUACCCUGACACGAAGAACCGCCCGCCAAGACGCAAGUGAACCGUUUCACGGAGUGAGGGUUGUCCCGACUCCGCAACCCUCAACAUUACAUCAUACAUC